AAAACCUUCUCGGCCCCAAGGCCGAAGGACACCGGACCGAGUCAUAGUCGACAUGACUGCCUCCUGCGAGGAUGUCAUUCUGACACCUGCACCGCUCUGCAAGGCGUUCAACCAAGCCCUUCCGAGUACCAUCCGGGUCAGAGGAGUUUCAUGGACGAAGCGAGGUAACCUGGUAAUUUACCCGGAUCCUGACAUAUGUAAAGCCUCCGACAUCCUCCAUCACCAAGAUGCUCUCUGGGACAUCAUAUGGACCGAGACGAAACGGGUACAAGCUGUCGAGGGAGAAGGGUCACCCACGCCCCCAACUCCGGAUUUCUUUCUGGACAAGCCAUGGCACUCUGUUGUUAUUCACAAUGUGCCAAUUCCUUCUGGCGACCCCACACCAGAGACUUUGGAUGAGGCCAUCGAGGAGCUUAGCAACC